CAGGAAAGGAAGCAGAAGUGCACAUGUUUCAGUAAAGCUAGUUUACUGUAAACAUUUGCCAAAAUAUGACAUGCAUGCCUCAUCUGGCCUUCAUAUCAGUGAGUUAAUUUGUUCCUGACCUCGUGGAUGGAUGAUGAUCCCCCAUCCUAACUAUGGAACUAGGGAACAAGACCCUGUGCAUUGUCUGCAAGGAAUCUGGUGGAAGGGACAUAACUGCUGUCACAGCUCCUAAGCUGCUUCACCAAGUAAAACUGUUUGAGGAAUCCGGACUGAUCACCAAUGAUGCGGAUAUCAAUCUUUCACAGAGACUGUCAGCUGUCAAUGCAGAAACUUUACAGGAUGGAUAUAAAAUCCACAAGAGUUGCUAUGAUCGCUAUAAUAACAGCCAUUUCAAUUGUGCGAAGGAUCGUAAACGGAAAAGAGAACUGGACCUUGCAGAUCACCAGACUAUUGGGGCAAACACACGAGCAAAGGCUGGGCCUAGUCUUGCGUUUGGAGCCGAACUUUGCUUCUAUUGUGAAGAGCCAGCCAUUGAGAACCCUCGGAAGAAGGACAAAUCAGAACCAUUGUUAGCUGCUGCGGGAAAAGAAAAGUCAGCAAAACAUGUGAAGGAUUUCACAGACAAUCUAGAGAUGAUGGCCAAAGUCCUGAAUGAUGGCAAAAUACUCAGAUUACUUGAAACUGAUGUUAGAUCACGGGAGUUAUUCUAUCACAGGAAGUGCCACUCAAGAUACCGUAACAGAUACAGUUCAGCGAGCUGCAGGAUAAAGCAAGAAAGAACUUCAUCACAGAACUCCCCAGACAUGAUCCAGUAUGCUGAAUAUAUCGCCAUGGAGGAAGUAGGGAACUUCAUUGAUGACAGCUCAGAAAAUGUUUUUGAUCUUCACAAACUCGAGAAUAUUUAUCUGCAGAAAGUUGAAGAUUUGGGCUUCGACCGGCCCAAAUCUCACUCUACACGAUUUGCUGAGAAACUCUCGAACAGCUGUCUGGACAUAAAUGUAGUGCAGAAAGAGACAGGGGCACAUUACAGGGUUAUUAAGAAGGGUAGUUUGGACAAUCAAUGGGACGCCGGGUUGUUUAAAGCGGUCCCACAGGGCGACGCGUGUGCGCUCUUCUGCGAGGCGCCGGCGGCGGCACGUUCCCCCAACAGCUUAGCGCUCAUCAACUAUUUAGAUAUGCACUUAACGCUCGUGGGGAAGCUGACACCCAGCUCGCGGCUGGAAGGCGCGGAGGCGCUCAUCAACAUAACGGAAACAGAUCACGGAAGGAGGAAACCUCCUCCUUGGGACGCGCGUCGCAGGCUGAUUGAUCCCCUGGCUGCUCCGCCCCACCGGUUUGCAUUUGCAGUGGCCUGCUUGGUGAACUGGUACCCAGGGAGCCAGCACAGAGCCAGGUCUGGGGCCAGGAGGACCUACGGCAGGCAGACCCAGGGCCAGGAGGACCUUCAGCAGCCAGAUCCAGGGCCAGGAGGACCUACAGCAGCCAAGUCCAGGGCCAGGAGGACCUACAGCAGCCAGAUCCAGGGCAGGAGGACCUUCAGCAGUCAGGUCCAGGGCCAGGAGGACCUACAGCAGCCAGGCAGAUCCCUGGCUGCCCACAUGACGGAUGGGGAGCAUUCUGGAGUGGCCGUUUGGUACUUGGCAUCACGGCAGAGCGAAGCCUGGGGCCGUCAGGCCUGA